CGACAACCCUCACGGGAACACCUUUUGUUUACAAUCAAUGCGUUGAAAAUACGCAGAUCUUUUGAAUAAAAGCUGUUGGCCAUAUAAGUACCAGGAACGUUGAUACGAUGAGUUUAAAUGAUUCCUGGAAUUAUCUGUUGUCUCUUGGUGUACAACACUGUAACUGGAAUGACCCCAUUUUUGCGGAGGGAAUGCAUGUCUGCCAGCCCCUUCGAAAGGUGCCGUGCAUUGACCUGGACAAUGAAGAAUUUUUACACAACAAAGUUGGAGUGAUCAAGUGCAGUGCCCCAAGAUGUAAUAAGAUGUUUGACACAGUGGCUGAACAUGCUGCACACCAGCGUGCCUGCCACAACUAUGUCUGUUCCUUAUGCAAACAAUCCUUUCCAUCUCAUCAUCUGCUAGACCUUCAUCUUCUUGAAGUGCAUGAUUCAUUAUUUCAGCUCAUGGCUGAAAGACGGCCAAUGUACCAGUGUCUUCUUGAAACAUGUCCAGAGAAGUUUUCUAAUGCUCUUGAGAGAAAGGGCCAUUGCAUAAGGCUGCAUAAAUUUCCUGCAGAUUUCCGCUAUGAUUUGAACUGGAGGAAGUUAGGAAAAGAGAAGAAAAACAGAAAUGGCACAAAACCUAAUCAAAAUGAAACAUCUGCGUCAAUGGAGUGCGAGGAAGUGAUCAGCAACGUGUCAGAUGAUAAUAGCAACCAAAGUGUUCCAGAGACUAUUUUCACAGAUAAUGUUACAUGCUCUGAAGGUCAUCAUCAGAUUCUGCAAAGAGCAAAGCAGAGGGUUCCACGGCAGAUCUCAUUUGGUGUCGGAGUUCCACGUGGCUUUCACAGGGGCAGACAUGGCAGAGGGGGCACCCCUCACUGGCACCAGAGAGGAAGGCCGCAGGGUGCAACUAAGACAAACAUUGAGGAAGUGAACAUGAAAGAUUUGGAAAAUUCUUUGUUGCUUGAAGGAUAAAGUGAACGGCAAGAGCAGAUACGAAGGUGGUGGUGCUGAUCUGAAAGCAUGGUAGAUUUUUUAUCUCUUUUUACAUAGCCUGUAAACCUUAAUUAAGUUAGAUAUCCAGAUGAAAUGAAAUGAAAUGCAUAAUAUUGUUCAGGUAAAAAGUAAUAAUAGUUUGAUAUAAAUUUCAUCUGUUAAAUAUAUUUGUGUGUAUAUA